UGAGCACAGACCUCGUGGAGAACUACUCUCCGACCCAGCCAUAUUGAAAUAUUGGAUGUCUCUGUUACACAAGGGCUCAAGAGUAGCCGUGAAACUUUCGCGUGAUCCUCGACGAAUAGAGGAUAAAAGACAUCAUGGAAAAUAUGUACAGCAUUGCCGUUACCAACAAGUUCUCGUUAGCGUUGGGUGAUGACGAAGAUCCACACGAGAAGCUCCGAGAAGAGGAACUAAAGAAGGAAGCUAGGAAAAAGGAGAAGCUUUCGGAGAAGGAGAAUAAGAGUAAGCAGCCGGACGCACAGAAAGCAACCGGUAAUAAAACUCAAAAAAAUCGCGUGAUCAAGGAUUCCCAGCAACAACCAUCUAAGGUCCAAGAUUUGAAGAAAAAUCAAGUUGGCGAUAAAAAGCCACCGCAAUCAAGAACUGGUGGUGGAGAUCGUAAUGUCAAAUUCUCUGGAGAAAGUAGAGAAGAACGGAACAAUAGGCGUAAUCGUGAGGAUGGUGAAAGAACGCCUCGUGGUCAGGGAGAACUAAGACGAGGCCCUCCCAGUGAGGGACGUGAAACUCGAGAGUUCCGGAACUCUAACGAUAAUCAACGUGGAGAAUAUGGAGAGCGUAGGGGUCGUGGUGGAAUGCGCGGAAUGGUGCGUGGACGUGGUGGACCACGCGGCCGUGGAGGAUAUGAUUAUCGUGGAAAACGUGAAUUUGAUCGUCAGUCUGGUUCUGAUAAAACUGGAGUUAAACCAGUGGACAAAAAGGAUGGUGCUGGUAGCCAUAACUGGGGUACCCACAAUGAUGAGAUUGAAGAGAGUUUGAAUCAAGAAAAUCAAGAUUGGACUAAUGAAAAACCUGAUGGAGAUGCCAAUCAAACGACCAUAGAAGCAAAAGAAGGAGAGGUAACUGCGGAAGCGGUGGAAGAAAAGCCUGCUGAGGAAGAAUCGCGCGAAUUGACUUUGGAUGAAUGGAAAGCUUUACGUAAUAACAGAGUGAAGCCUCAAUACAAUUUACGUAAAGCUGGAGAAGGUGAAGAUUUGACUCGCUGGAAGAAAAUGUAUGCGUUGGAAAGGAAGAAGGAGGGAGCUGAUGAAGAGGAAGAAGAAGAAGAAGAAUAUGAUGCUGCUGCGGAAUAUCCGCAACGUGUUGGAAGACAAAAACGGCUGUUAGGUAUUGAGAUACAAUUUUGUGAUUCUCGACGUGGUUCUGGUGGACGUGGUCGAGGACGAGGUCGUGGAGAACGUGCAAAUGGUCGUGGAUUUGGUAAUCGUGGUGCUCCUAGAGAUGGAGACUCACGUGGUCCUGCUUCACAAUCUGAACAGAGGUCGCCUCGAGGACGUCAAAAUGCUCCUAAAGUAGAUGAUGAAAAUGAUUUCCCCUCAUUGGGAUAGGUGGUUUCACUUGUCGUCUACGAUACAAUAUCCCACCAUUAUCACCAGCAUCAGUACUACUACCACAGAUAAAAUUACCACUAAUACUAAAACUAUUACUAUCAACAUUUUUGCGUCAGUAAAAAGGUUAUUAAUGCAUAAUACAGUACACCCUUGCAAGCAGAUACGUAAUUUACCUAAAUAAAUCGUAGCGCUUUGAACGCGCUCUUACAUAUUGGCACAUUAAACAUACAUAUAAGAAGUCGCAUGAUAUGAAACAAUGUAGAUCACGAUCCUUUUUUGUACUUGUAAUAACUCAGUUCAUCCGUAACUAGUUCCUAAAUUCUAGUUUACGGAUGAGCGGUAUUAAGAACGAGGCUGGAUAUUCAUGGACUUGUUGAAUAAUUAUAAAACUUGAAUACUAGACAAAGAAUAUGGCUGAAAGACUAAGCGGACCAGCAGGAGUAUAAAUAUCAAAAACAUUUUACACAAUGUAGUUCGACGCUGCUUAAAUCUGAGUGAAACACACAGUUCCGAAUAGAAAUAAAAAAAAAAUCCACCUGUAUGCCAGGAGGUGAGACAGUUUAGCCUAGAUUUUAAUUUUGACGUUGUCGUAUAUAAAAGGCCUAAGGAGGCUGGCCAUAGCACCGACUCUUAUAAACUCAUGUAUAAUAACUUGUUAGGUGGUAAAUUUUAAACAUUCUUUCUGUUUUAUAAUUUUUAUAUGGUGUUUGAGGAAGCCUUUCUUGUAAUUGACAAGUUGUUACUUGUCGUGCAUAAAACAUAUAAGACUUUAAAAAAAAAAGUGUGUAUUUGUAUCUAAGAAAACAUCUAUGAUAUUAAAAGUGUCUAUUUAGGUAUAUACUAAGUUUGGCUUAUAUAGAAGUAUAGAGAUUUUUCCUUUCAAAAAUGUAAUCGGUCUGUAAGAAGUUAACAUUUAAGUAAAUAUUAGAGAGACACAUACAGACACAAAAUACAGAUAUACACAGCUUUACAUAUAUAUUGUAUAACGAGUUUAAGAAAAUGGUCGAUACAUACGUUCAGAGGGACAGAUAGGAUGAAUCCAGUCUUAUAUAGUUACGUUAUACGUCGAUUAUCAUGUUCUUAAUUAUGACUUACUAUAUUAGUUAUCUAUUGUAUUUGUUACAUGUAAAAUGAAGAAAUACCACAGCCAAAAAAUCCAAACCCUUUCCAUAAAUGCGAAAAGAAAAAUAAAAAAAGCGUUAUUAAGCUGUUUGAAGCUUAGUUAUAUGUGUAAAUAACAUAUUUACAAUAAUAAAUUGUGACACAUGAGUCACUUUAGACUUGACUACUUAAA